AUGCGAUCGCGCGAGACUUCUGUACCUGCAGCUACGAUUGAUCCUCACAUGGCAUCGGGCACCGUCCAUGAUUACGGCGCGUGUUCAUGGACGGCCCUUGCGACCUCGCAGGCAUUCACAGACGCAUUGAGACGUGACGUACACAUCCUUGUACAUGCAUUUGCGCUCACAUGGGAAUGGCUUGAUGGAAAAGACAUGCCAAAUCCUGCUCCAGCCGUUUCGCCGCUCAGGAAAUCUUUGCGGUAUGAGUACGGUGCUCUAACUGUGUUUGAGCGUGUUUGGACACGAAACCAAUGGAAAAAUGCCAGUGAUGUAUUAGGAUCAGAUCUCGCUACAAGAAGAGCCUUCAGCGACAUGGUCAUACGAGCCUUCCUUGAUGAACUCGCUCCUGUGUCGCCUCCGACACUUUCUACCACCACCACAACAACUCUCAAUGCUGUGGCAGCCACCUUUGCUCUCGCUUGUUGGUGGCAUGCACAGCCACCGGGGACACACGACGCUUUGUAUGUAGAUAUGCAUGCGUAUCGUGCUCUUCUCGAGCUUCCUGAGCGUGCAAGGCUCGUGCUAGACGACAUGCUCACACACUCGGUCGUGCCAGAUACGCCCCCGCCCUCUGCCGACGUAUACUACACGGUCCAAGAGCUGGUGAGCUCGGUGCCUUUGCGUGUAACAGUUACACCCACCACAGUGCCGCGAUUGCGAGCCUCUACGAUGCUUCUCCCGAAAAAGACGACAACCGUUUCUGAGCGGCAGAGCGCAGCUGACAUGCAGAUGCCGCUAGCAUCGGCGUCUAGUCCAGCGGAUGAAAUCAGCCAGUCCAUCAUAGAUGCACUGGGCAUUCCAACGCUAGGGACAAUGCCUCGGGCUGGAGCCAGCUCUUGUACAGCACAAGCCUUGGAGUCUCUCACACAUUCACAUUGGCAAUAUGGUUUGUCGCAGCAGCAAGUGCUGGAAGCCGCUCAUUCAUGGGACUCACCACUUUGUGAUGAAGAUCCACAGGAGCGCAUGUCACAGAUCCUUGCUCAUUUACGAAACAUGUCGUAA